AGGCCGCGUGGGGGAGGAAGGCGGCGCUGGGCCAGGGAGGCCCGCCGCGGGAUAUUUCGGGGCGGCGAGAGCGGAUUUGCCAUGGCUUUCUUUGCUGGGCUCCGGGGCCCCUUCACCCGUGCAGGCAGAGCCCUCAGCCAGUGCAGUUUCAGCACCACCGGGAGCCUUGAUGCCAUUCAGAAGAUGACACGCGUGCGCGUGGUGGACAACAGUGCCCUGGGGAACACCCCAUACCAUCGCCUGCCUCGUUGCAUCCACGUCUAUAACAAGAAUGGGGUGGGCAAGGUGGGUGACCAGAUACUGCUGGCCAUCAAGGGGCAGAAGAAAAAGGCACUCAUUGUGGGGCAUCGCAUGCCUGGUCCCCGGAUGAGCCCCAGGUUUGACUCUAACAAUGUGGUCCUAAUUGAGGACAAUGGGAACCCUGUGGGGACCCGAAUUAAAACACCCAUCCCCACCAGCCUACGCCAGAGGGAAGGUGAAUUUUCCAAAGUGCUGGCCAUUGCUCAGAACUGUGUGAGCCGUGGCCAGGCCACUGGCUGCUGUGGGACUCAUGGGAAGUAA